AUGGGCUCCGUGCUGCCCGGCCCCUCUCUGGGCCUGAAGUCCGUCUUCAAGCCGCAGCAGCAGCAGCAGCUCUCCCUGGCUGAUGUCAUCACCUCCGACAUCCUGCACAGCUUCCUGUACGGCCGGUGGAGGCACGUGCUGGGCGAGCAGCACCACCUGCACCCGCACGAGGACCGCAGCGCCCCGAGCGCGAGCCCGAAGACCGCGUUCACCGCCGAGGUCCUCGCGCAGUCCUUCUCCGGAGAGGUGCAGAAGCUGUCCAGCCUGGUUCUCCCGAGCGAGGUGAUCAUCGCCCAGAGCUCCGUGCCAGGAGAAGGUUUGGGGAUCUUCUCGAAGACGUGGAUUAAAGCAGGAACAGAGAUGGGACCGUUCACCGGACGUCUGAUUUCCCCUGAACACAUCGACCUGUACAAGAACAACAACCUCAUGUGGGAGGUGUUUAACGAGGACGGGACGGUCCGAUAUUUCAUCGACGCGAGUCAGGAGGACCAGAGGAGCUGGAUGACGUACAUCAAGUGUGCGAGGAACGAGCAGGAGCAGAACCUGGAGGUGGUGCAGGUCGGCAGCAGCAUCUUCUACAAGGCCGUGGAGACGAUUCCUCCGGACCAGGAGCUCCUCGUGUGGUACGGAAACUCCCACAACACAUUCCUGGGAAUACCGGGAAUACCUGGAGGAGACGAAGAGCAGACCAAGAAGACAAAGACAGAUGAGUUCCACACCUGUGAAGGCUCCUCCUCUUCCUCCUCCUGCUCUUCCUCCUCCUCUUCCUCCUCCUCCAUCAGUGUUGGUCGCAUGCGUUGUGUAAUCUGUCAUCGCGGGUUCAACUCCCGCAGCAACCUCCGCUCUCACAUGAGGAUUCACACGCUGGACAAACCCUUCGUCUGCCGCUUCUGCAACAGACGCUUCAGCCAGUCGUCGACUCUGAGGAAUCACGUGCGUCUGCACACCGGAGAGCGACCGUACAAGUGCCUCGUCUGCCAGUCCGCCUACUCCCAGCUGGCCGGGCUGCGCGCGCAUCAGAAGAGCGCCCGGCACCGACCAUCUGCAGAUGCUAAUGCUAAGGCUAACGCCAUCGCUAUCGCCGCUGCGGGGGGAGGGAACAUGAUGGUGCACUCCCCUCAGAAUCACCCCCCCCAGCUGAGCAUGCCUCACCCAGCCUCUCUGGUUCACCACAUACCCACCAUGGUGCUGUGAGAGGCACCACUGAACAAGAGCUACUGAAGUAUACCUUUCUCAGCAGUUUUAAACACGUUGUUAAAGUUGUAAAUUGAAAACAGAUCAACAGAAAAGCUGUCUAGGUUUAGCUCAAUAUUGUGGUUGAAACUAUUGAUCAAUCAACCCUAAAAAUGGCGUGCACGUGAACUAAACUCCAUCCAGUCACAGUUGAAGGGUAACAUUGCGUAUCUUAUCCCGGGUAACGUCAGAAACCGUAGAAGUUCUGGUUAAAGUUGUACAUUGAAAACAGAUCAACAGAUUGUUGUAUUCCUCCUGGCUAGGUUAGCUAAACUUUGUGGUCCGCCUUCCAAGAGGUACGUUUAAUAUGUGACGGACGUACAUUGAAGAGAGCCAGAUUAGCCGUACGUCAUGAAUCCUCCUCUGACGCUACCAUUCAACGAACCUGCGUCGUUGGAGCAAAGAAACCCUGGCUAGGUUUAGAUACAGAUUUUGGUUUGGCCUUAGAAAAGUACUCGUUUGAAGUACCCCAAAACUGACGUUCCCAUUGAACUAAAGUCCGUCCAGUCACAGUCGAAGGGUAACGUUACGUAUCUUAUCCCUCAGGAACCGUAGAAGUUUGAACACGUGGUUUUGGUUGUAAAUGGAAACAGAACUACUUCGUUGAGAGAAGAAACAACAUUGGGUUUCGGCCACAUACCCCCCAUGGUGCUGUGAGAGGGCAGACAUGAGUCACAGCAGAACAAUAACUAGUGAAUUAUACAUUUGAACCAAACUGCGUCCUCAAUAACCGUAAAGGGUAACGUCAGCAGUUUUAAAAACGUGGUUAAAGUUGUAAAUUGAAAAAGAUCAACAGAUUUUUAAAUCCUGCUGACUCGGUUUAACUAAACAUCGUGGUUUGAAACAUAUUUUAAAAAAAGCCAGAUUAGUCGUACGUCAUGAAUCCUCUUACGUUCCCAUUCAACGAACCUGCAUCGUUGGAGCAAAGAAACCCCAGCUAGGUUGAGAAAAAGAUUGAAGCUAUUGAUCAAUCAACACUAAAACGGACGUUCCCAUUGAACCCGUCCAGUCACAGUCGAAGGGUAACGUUACGUAUCUUAUUGUCAGUUUUAAACACGUGGUUAAAGUUGUAAAUGGAAACAAGAAACAAACAAAGCAAACGACCAGCUUUAGGGCUGGAAUAAACAUCGUGGGUCGACUCAGAACAAGUGCACGUUUUAUUAUUACAGAUGUCUGGUUUCCAAAGGGACACAAACUGCGCUCUCUCUGGAGUCUUCGUGGGAACCAUCAGACUCAUCACAAACCACGACUUGCUUUCAAAAUACCGUACAGGUGUUGAACCUGGAAGCGUCAGUUCUCUUAAACAAAGCUCCUCAACACACCGGUGACGCUUCAGUCAGAGAUGACCUCGGCACGUCGUUGGUAUGGGCCAAACCUUUUCCUCUGGCGUUGGCUAUGAAUGAGGAUCGAUCACGUUUAAAUGCAGUUGUUUACGUGCAUGCAGCAUCGUGCAACGUGUAUGUCUGCAUUAGGACACAUUGACAUCACCUUUGAGUAGCUUUAAGGUGUUAGUGUACACAUUUAAGAUUGUAUCGCACCACAUUGGGUGCCAAGUGUAGAUUAAUUAGAGGAUUUAUUAAAUUAUCAAGCACUAAGCAUAUGUACUUAUUUAGAGUAGGCAUCAUAGUUAUUUAUAAUAAAAGGUAGGAGGACUGCAUUUUCGAAAAGCGCUUUUAUUUUGCAAUUAACGCCACAGCUGGACGUGGAUUCAGCU